UUUAGGCUGCGCUGGUGGUGGUGGUGGGCGUUUGGGCCACCCAGUCACAAGCCUAGGCUGGCAACUAACUGUAAGGAUCGUUCACAAGAAUGCCAAGAGUGGGCCAGCAGGGACCUGUGUAGCACUGACCCCUUGUUUAGGAAACGUAACUGCCCACUUAGCUGCAACACGUGUCUGGACUAGCGACACCCAGCGCUCAGGUCAUCAUCCAAGUCUCUACCUUGGUGGUUCGUGGUGGGCCUGGUGGAAGAUGGCGCCUGUUAUCAUGGUGCUGUGGUUGUCGGUUGUGCUCGGGUGCUGUUCUACCACACUGGCUCAAGCACUCGAAUGUGGGGAUCUGUCACCAGAGUGUCCAGAGUGGGCCAGCAGGGACUUGUGUAAGAGCGACUUACUAUUUAUGCUUCGGAACUGUCCACUCAGCUGUGGCGUUUGUGAAGGCAACUGUUGGAAUUUUUCUCCAGAAUGCCAGAAAUGGGCCAGUAAGGACUUGUGUAGGACUGACCCACAGUUUAUGCAGAAUAUGUGCGCAGUUUCCUGUAAAGCGUGUCGAGUGUUCAUCCAACAACGCUCCAUCGGGAACCCAACAUUUGAGUGUGGUAAGCCAGUCACUACCACCGACAGCAGACGACCCAAACGCAGCGAUGGAGGUAUGAUGCGGGUCACGCUAUCACACGAGAAUACGACGCCAAAUAUACCAGGGAUUAUAAAACCAGCGAGCAUCAACACCAGGACACAGGAGGGAGAUGGUAGGAUUACAGUUGAGGACGCCUUCUGUGGUGCCACACCCAUAUCUGACCGCUUCCUCCUGACGGCCGCGCACUGCGUCUUCGAUCAUGGGCACGUGCCACAGACAGUGUUGCUCGGGGAACGGGACUUCAGUACAGACAACGAGACCAAUUCCAAGCCUGCCACCUACGAGAUCUCCCGGAUCGUUGUCCACCCUGACUAUAUCUCAGACUCCUUCGUUCGAUACAACGACGUGGCGCUCCUUGAGACGAAGGAACCGAUAGCCUUCAACGACCUUGUCUACCCUUACUGUGUGUCAGUUCAACGACCCCCCACAAACACCACCGUCACCGGCUCUGGCUUCGGUCUCGUUAACGAAAGUGAGUUACCCAAACACUUAUGAGUUAUCACCCAAAGC